AUGUUUUAUCCCUCUCGUGCCGAACCAAUAUUGGUACAACCAGUCCAAACGAUUCAGUAUCAACAACUCCCUCCACCCAUCCAAUUGCAACAGGUCCAGAUGCCUAUAACUCAAGUCCAACAAGUCCCUCCAAUCCCCGUUCAACAAGUCAAACGAGUCGAAGAGUCUAAUAGUGUCAUUGCUGUCUUCUACGCUCUUGGGUAUGUCCUCCCCAUCAUCUGGAUGGUCCAACUCUUCUUCAUUUUCUCAAGAAAUGUGAAUGUCAAAUUGUGGGGAUAUAGAGCACUCUCUGCAUUGUUACUCUACAUCUUCAUCACUUUCUUGACCCUCUUCUUGUGCUACAAAGACGAUUUGGAGCAUUGCAGAUACUACUACUACAAUCGCUAUUGA